AUGAAUUUCGAAUCUGUUAAUUCUGAAAUUGACACCAUAGACAAUAAUUCUUUGGAAGAAACUGAGUCAAAUGUUUAUAUACCCACAAACAAAGAAAUUGAAGAUACCAUAAAUUAUGGCGAAGUUAAAAAUACUACUCGUAAUACACAAUUCUGGUUGAAAGUUCUUACAGAUAUUAGAACCAAAAUGGGAUACAAUUAUGACAUUGACAAAUCGCCAUAUGCACCAACAUCAAUAAAAAAUUGUUUUGCUGCAAUAUGUAGGUAUCUAUGGGACAAUUCAAACAUUUCUCCUGUUCCAGAUCUUUAUGAUGAACGUAUGUUUCCAAGACUUCACAAACUUUCAGAUGGAAAAAUUAAAAAAAUACAAGAUUUAAGCAUAAUUAAACAGAAAAAUCUUGAUCCACUUGAAUAUGGCAAAAUUUAA